UUUAUGGAUAGGCGUGUCCUUCCUAGAAAGUGGAAUUUUAACAACGAUGGUUGGGAAAUUACUGUACUGCACCGGAUUAGGUUCAUGUAAUACGUCGCCGUAUUAUAUUCCUUUGUCGUAUUAAGAACGUAAAUCCACUGCAAAACGAGCCUCCCCUGUUAGCUCCAGCCGUUGUUAUCCGACCCAGUUUGAGUAUUUAUGAUAGAGCCUGUUGCACACAAGCAACAUUUGGGGAGCACACACGUCCACGUGCGUCCUCGUCCUCCCGGCAGUGACCCGGAGCCCGAGUGAGUUGCUCUCACGCCGGGCAGCAACGAGACCAAAGGUCCGCAGGCUCCGUCACGUUCAUCUGCGGCCAUUGCAGACAACACUAAUCCCAAAUCCACAGCAGGACACAUGACAAUUUCUUCACGCCCCCCCCCCCCUCUGCCCAGUUUAACUCGCUCGUUUUCCAUCAGCACGAGUAGAUUUUUAGGCGCUUAAAUUAGCCGGGAUGGACUCAAAGCGCGAUAAUAAAGAGCAAGAUGGAGACGUAGAGAAGAUAACCGCCGUGCUGCUCAAGUCCCACUCGGGAGAGUUUGAUUUGGAGUCCAUACUGUUUCUCAAAUUUAGGGGUCUCGGAAUACACGAUCUUGGGUGUAUAGGGGAGUGUAUGAAUUUGGAGAGACUGGACCUGUCUGGGAAUAAUAUUGUCAAUUUAGCUCCACUGUCGUCUCUCCGGCUGCUGUCGGUUCUCAAUUUGUCUGCUAAUAGGAUUUCCAAUUUAGAACCCCUGCACACUUGUGACAAUCUACAAAACUUAAACCUCGCUGGUAAUAUCAUCUCCAGUAUCGAAAACCUUCUCUGCCUUCAGUCUUUGAGAAAGCUAGAAAGUAUUCGUCUCAAUGACAACACUUACAAUUAUUCAAAUCCAGUGUGCAGAAACGUCUCAUAUAGAACCGUAGUUCUCGAGCUGUUCCCCAAUGUCAAAGUAUUAGAUGGCGAGAGAGUCGUCGGACGUGGGAGCGACUUGUACCAGCUAUGCAAAGACAUUGAUGACACAAUUAAAGCCGGUCUAUACAAGAAUGGACAACUUGUUGAACAUCAGGAUUGCAAGCCAUGGGUGGAGGAUACUUACUGGGAAAUAAAACGGUCCAACAAUGCCAUAAUUGAAGAAGCCUACAAACAGUUUAACGAUAUUCUUCAUGAAUGCAGACUCCUAAACAACAGAGCAAGUCACGCAAUAUCCCAGACUGAGAGAUCAAUGAGCCUGAAGAAGCAGCCCAAGCAGUACGCCAUCUGAACCGGGCCCAUUUGUGUGUUGUCUGUAUUUAUUUCAAAAUGACAGUGAUGUAUGUGCAGUAGUAUGGCCAACUUAAGCGCAAGGCGGACUUUGUCAGACGUACAUGCUGAUUUGUGGCUUUUGUCAAUAUUUGAAUGCACCCUAUGCAUUGACUUUCGGAGGAUAUGUCGUAUUGUUUGCUGACUCCGUUUGAACCGUCUCGACUGGCACACUGUGCAUUCUGUGCCGUUUUCCUACAUAUGCUGCUAAGAUGUCGAAAUAUUCAAAGUAAUUAAGAGCUUUUCCAUUUUGCUGCAACAUUUUGGGAGCUUCCCAUGACUGUAAUGCUUUUUGAUAGGUAGCAAAUUGUGAUUGAAUGUUCAUCUGUUUAUACUUGUUUUAUACCAUGAAAAAAAUGUUGACUAUAAAAACGACUCGUAUAAAAGUGUGCUGAGAUUUAUAAUACUGUUACAAAAGACCACAGUAUGAUGGUCUUUGUUUUUUUCUUUUUCUUGGAUUGUUCUUGCUAAAACAGCUCAACCAUGCUUAACGUGCAAGCUCGGUAGCAUGAAGCAGAACUCAAAUUCACACUGGGCCUUUAUUAAAAACUGAACUGAA